ACUACUUUUCUAUGAAAACACGUGUUUUUAGGAGUGCUUUUUCGAAAUAUCGGACAAAGAAAAAAAAUAAAAAAAAUGCAUGAACGUGUCUUUUGCUUCCCCUCUUUAUUUCCUUUCCUUGCUUGUUCCAUGAUCCUUUUAUGCUUCACGUAAAGUUCCUUACGCCCUUCAGAAUUGUAUUGCUGGUUCUAGUAAGACGCUUCUGUAAAUUCAAUGUCGAUCCACGAUUGAUUCCUUUCUUGGUUCAAUUCACCUUGCAAUGCAUCGUGGACGAAUCAAAAAUUCAACAAACCUGUACAGAACUUUCUUUGAAGCAACUAUUUUACAAAAUGCGUGUCAAGGCGGGUGAAGCUGAUGAGUUGAUCGUGGAAGAAUUCCUCCAUGAUCUUAGUAAUCACUUGGACAAAACUGACGAGUGCGCCAUUCCAGCCGAUGAGCUCCAUCGAUUUCUAGUACGGCUGGAGAAAGAGUUGCCUUCUAUGCCAGAAAUCCAUACAGUGUUCUCCUUGAACUAUGCACGCUUCCGUGACUAUGAUCGAGCGAUAGAACAUCACAACAAAUCCAUCGUAAAAAGCGACCGAACAGAAGAUGACCAUGUACUAUUUUCAAAAGUCAAGACUUUUUCUUCAGAUCCUCCCUAUGAUUUGAUGGGUCGUGCCAUCUUGGAGUACAAAUUUGACCGUUUCAAGGAUGCCAAAAUGUAUCUAAUGAACCUGUGUCAAUCGCGACAAAACGACGAUGUCUUUAUGCAAGAAGUGAUACAGUAAAUACGCAUCAUCCCGUAGGACGCUCGAUAAUACAUUGUUUCUAACGGUUUCUCUACAUGUUCAUAGCUGGGCUGAACUUUGUCUGAAUACGA